AUGUCUUUUGAUUUGAUAUUGAAGGCGUCGUGGAUGAGCGGCUGUGGAACUUCCAAGGAUCUUUAUGGAAGCAAUUGCAAGCACUUGACUCUCUGUUUGUCCUGUGGAAAAUCCAUGGCCGAGAAGCAUAAUAAAUGCUACGAGUGUGGCACCCCCAUCACUCGCUUGAUUCGGGAAUAUAAUGUCCGGCCAUGUUCUAGCAGCGACAAGAACUACUUCAUUGGUCGGUUUGUGACAGGUUUACCAAGUUUUUCAAGGAAGCAAAAUGCUGAGAAUAAAUGGUCUCUCCAGAAAGAAGCAUUACAAGGUCGCCAACCAACUGACGCUUUGCGGGAAAAGUACAAGAAUAAGCCUUGGCUUUUGGAGGAUGAAACGGGCCAAUUUCAGUACCAGGGUCAGCUUGAGGGUGCACAAUCAGCAACAUACUACCUAUUAAUGCUGCAGGGGAAGGAGUUUGUUGCUAUUCCUGCAGGUUCUUGGUACAACUUUAACAAGGUUGCACAAUAUAAGCAACUUACAUUGGAGGAAGCAGAAGAGAAAAUGAAGAAUAGAAGGAAAACUGCAGAUGGGUACCAAAGAUGGAUGAUGAAAGCAGCAAACAAUGGACCUGCUGCAUUUGGUGAAGUUGAAAAGUUUGACGAUAAGGAAAGUGGAGCUGGUGGUGGAAAGGGACGUAGAAAAACUAGCGGUGAUGAUGACGAAGCUAAUGUUUCAGACAAGGGAGAGGAAGAUGAAGACGAAGAGGGUGCAAGGAAAAAUAGACUUGGACUCAACAAAAGAGGCGGUGACGACGAUGACGAAGAAGGUCCAAGAGGAGGUGACCUUGAUUUGGAUGAUGAUGAUAUUGAGAAGGGUGAUGAUUGGGAGCAUGAAGAAAUCUUCACUGAUGAUGAUGAAGCUGUGGGUAAUGAUCCUGAGGAACGAGAAGAUUUAGCCCCUGAAAUUCCGGCACCUCCAGAAAUUAAACAGGAUGAAGAGGAUGAGGAUGAAACUAAUGAAGAAGAGGAGGGAGGUCUGAGCAAAUCGGGAAAAGAGUUGAAGAAGCUGCUGGGGCGAACUGGUGGUUUGAAUGAUUCAGAUGUGGAGGAUGAUGACGACGAUGAUGAUAUAGAGGAUGAUAUUGGCUCAUCACCUGUGCUGGCUCCCAAGCAGAAGGAUGCUCCAAAAGAAGAACCUGUUGAUAACAGUCCUCUAAAACCAGCUUCCUCGGGAUCUGCUCGGGGAACCCCAACCACUUCCAAGUCAACAAAGGCAAAGAGAAAAAUAAAUGGUGAUGAUGCAAAAGCUAGUAACGGUGCACCUCCAAAAAAAGUGAAGACAGAAAAUGAGGUGAAAUCUGUGAAAGAGGAAAUUGUGACUAGUUCAAAAAGUAGUGUACCCACAAAAGGUCCACCUCCAUCUUCUUCAAAAGCAGCAUUGACAUCAACCGCUUCUGCUGGACCUGUCACGGAAGAAGAAAUUCGAGCUGUUUUAAUGCAAAAGACUCCUGUGACCACACAAGAUCUUGUUGCUAAGUUUAAAUCCAGAUUAAAAUGCAAAGAGGAUAAGGAUGCUUUCGCAGCUAUACUGAGGAGAAUUUCCAAAAUACAAAAAACCAAUGGACCUAGUAACUAUGUUGUGUUGAGAGAGAAAUGAAUUCUAUCUGCUCUGCUCCUCUGCUGCACAUUUGGAAACUGACCCAACUUUCUGUUUUCUCAACAAUGGCAUAAACAGAACCUCCCUCCAAGGGAAACAGAGCAAGAAGAUUAAAAAUAAAUAGAAAGAGGAAAUAAAGAAAAUAUUUUGAGGCCUACACAUUAACUGUUUGAACUUUGCGAAUUUGCUGUAUUGUUUCAUACUAUAUAGUGAAUGAGGAUACUGUUGUAUAACUUUUGUUUUUCAUUAGUUGUGUCAUGUUGAUCUUUUGAUUA